AUGCAGGUGUCCAUCGCUUGCACGGAGCAGAACCUGCGGAGCCGCAGCAGCGACGACCGGCUGUGCGGCGGGGGGGGCCGGGGCCAGGGCGCGGGGGGGCAGGGCAACGGGGGCUACCAGCCCCCCGGCAAGGGCCCCCGGCUGGGCAUGGGGCUCCGGGCGCCCGGGCAGAACCUGCCGCACAUCGCCUUCCUCCUGCGGGAGUCCACCGGCCGCUCCACCGGCAUGAACUACAGGAAUCUUGGCAAAUCGGGCCUCCGUGUUUCGUGCCUCGGCCUCGGUACCUGGGUGACAUUUGGGUCCCAAAUCUCCGACGAGACGGCGGAGAACGUGCUCACCAUCGCUUAUGAGAACGGGGUCAACCUCUUUGACACGGCCGAGGUCUACGCUUCUGGCAAAGCAGAAAAAACCUUGGGAAAUAUCCUGAAGAGCAAAGGAUGGAGGCGUUCCAGCUACGUCGUGACCACAAAAAUUUACUGGGGAGGACAGGCUGAGACCGAAAGAGGCUUAUCCCGGAAACACAUAAUUGAGGGGCUUAAGGGCUCCCUCCAGCGCCUACAACUGGACUAUGUCGACAUCGUGUUUGCCAACCGGAUGGAUGCCAACAGCCCCAUGGAAGAGAUCGUGCGCGCCAUGACGUACGUGAUCAACCAGGGCAUGGCCAUGUACUGGGGUACCUCCCGCUGGAGCGCGAUGGAGAUUAUGGAGGCUUACUCGGUGGCCCGGCAGUUCAACCUGAUUCCUCCCGUGUGUGAACAGGCAGAGUACCACAUGUUCCAGCGGGAGAAGGUGGAGACGCAGCUGCCAGAACUCUACCACAAGAUAGGGGUCGGAGCCAUUACCUGGUCGCCACUGGCAUGUGGUCUGAUCACGGGGAAGUACGAGGAGCGGGUGCCCGAAAACUGUCGUGCUGCCAUGAAGGGCUACCAGUGGCUGAAGGAGAAGCUGCAGAGCGAAGAGGGCAAGAAGCAACAGGCGAAAGUCAAGGAGCUCCAUCCGAUUGCGGAGCGCCUCGGAUGCACUGUGGCCCAGCUGGCCAUCGCGUGGUGUCUCCGCUCGGAAGGUGUCAGCUCAGUCCUCCUUGGCGUCUCCAGUGCAGAGCAGCUCAUUGAGAAUUUGGGAUCCAUUCAGGUCCUCACCCAGCUGACACCCCAGGUGGCCCAGGAGAUCGACGCGCUGCUGGGGAACAAGCCCAAUACCAAAAAGGAGUCCCGGGCGUAG